AUUCUGACAAACGGAAACCGGAAAGUAGUGAUAAAAAAAAAAAAUAUUAAAUACUCUCUCUUAUACUUUUUCAGUUGAAAAGAUAUAAAUUGUUUUAGUCACUUGAUUAAAAUAAAUUAAAAUGGCAUCAAUUAUUAUUAUAAAUGGAUUUAAUAUUAUUGGAAUUUAUUGUUUAUUUUUUGUUGUUGUAUUUGGAGCUCAAACAAAUUAUUAUUGGAAACAAAGUGAUGAUAAAAUUAAGUGUCCAAAAGUCAAGGGACUUGUAAACUUUGAUGUUUCUGAAUUUCUAGGCUCAUGGAAAAUAAUUCAAUACUAUGCAAGUUCAGAAGAGGCACUUGCUUAUAAAUGCAUGAGAGCUGAAUUGUCAUUGUCUGAUAACCACAAUGAAAUAACAAUGAAUUUUACAUAUAAUUUCAUUGAUGAUCCAAUAAAUGAAUGUGUUUUUGGUAAUAUUACAUGGAAAAUACCACAUUACAAUGAUUCACCAGCUCACUGGAUUCAUACCGAAAAUCCAUAUGAAGAAAUUUACAAUACAUAUGUACUUGCAACUGAUUACAAUACAUGGGCAUUAUUGAUGCAUUGUGCUGAGAAAAAAAAAAGUCCAAGAUAUAUGUCAAGUUAUAUUAUGAGUCGACAAAACAGCCUUGAGCCAAAUGCCAUUUCUUAUUUACGUGAAAAAUUAACAAGAUAUGACAUUGAUUUGGAGUACAUGUUCCCAAUGAAACAAUCAAAUUGCAACCACACAAUUAUUACCAACAACAACAACAACAACAACAACAAUUCAUAUCUAGCACUUCCAAUGGUUCAAGCUGCAAGAGACAUUUAUCAAGCCAAUCAAUAUAAAAUUCAAGAUUAAAUUCAAAACAUCAAUAAUAAUAAUAAUAAUAAUAAUAUAAUCAAUCAUGUAAUUAAUCAA